AUCGUCUUAGCAUACUAGUGUGAUCUCUGACUGUUUAUUGGGCUUUGAGUUUCAAGAGAAGCGGCCAUAUUCGUGUGUUUGAACGGGAGGGUUGUUGUGUUCGCAAGAUUGGUGUUUAGAUAGCUCUUCGUAUUAUACGUGGUUAACGCUUGGAUCAGACCGCUAGGCUCGGUGCAGAAAUGUCGGGGAUCGCCAUAGCACGUCUAGCGGAGGAGCGGAAAGCCUGGAGGAAGGAUCACCCAUUUGGCUUUGUAGCUCGACCUGUAAAGAACGCAGAUGGAAGCUUAAAUCUGAUGAGCUGGGAAUGUUCCAUACCUGGGAAGAAAGGGACACCUUGGGAAGGAGGUCAAUAUAAACUAAGAAUGAUCUUCAAGGAUGAUUAUCCUUCUAGCCCCCCAAAGUGCAAAUUUGAACCACCGUUGUUCCAUCCCAAUGUCUAUCCUUCAGGAACAGUUUGCCUUUCACUUCUUGACGAAGAUAAGGACUGGCGACCUGCGAUAACAAUCAAGCAGAUUUUGUUGGGAAUUCAAGACUUGUUAAAUGAACCAAAUAUAAAGGAUCCUGCUCAGGCAGAAGCAUAUACAAUAUACUGCCAAAAUCGUUUGGAAUAUGAGAAGAGAGUUCGUGCCCAAGCUCGUGCUAUGACCUCACAGGAGUGAGUUGGUUACUUCAGUCAAUGAUUUGCUACAUAUUAAGAAAGACUGAUUUAUUUCCAAUUAAAUUUAAAUGCAACUAUUAAAGAACUUGUGCACCCUUAUAUUCCUUUGACUUUUAAAGAACUUCCAUUGGCUGUACCUAAAAUUUAAUUUUUUUAUGUAUCUGUAUAUGAAAUAAAUGUGUUGUCUGUAAAAUGCUUGACAAGUAGUUGCUAAUUGGUAUUAAAUCUUUUUUUAAUCAUAAA